AUGUCAGACAGAAAGGUCAUCUUCACUGAGGAAGCUAACCCUCCUCUGCCCAUAUAUUCCCAGGCGAUCGUAUCAAAUGGCACCGUCUACGCCUCUGGUAAUAUCGGAUGCGAUAGGGAACUAAAGCUUGUAGAAGGAGGCGUUCAAGGACAAACACGAGCGGCUUUGAAGAAUCUAGCCAUCGUCCUCAAAGCUUCGGGAUCAGGCUUAGAGCAUAUCCUGAAAGUCAACAUCUACCUUACCGAUUUGCCGAAGGAUUUCGCAGCGAUGAAUGAAGUGUAUGCUGAGUUCUUUCAAGAUAAACCUCCAGCGAGGACAUGCAUCGGUGUGGCUGCGCUCCCGUUGGGCGCAGAAGUCGAGAUCGAGUGUGUAGCGGCUGUAGCAAAAUGA